AUGACUGAGCCUGCUACCUUGACCUCGCAGCAGCCUGGCAUCAAAACCAGGAACAGCAUCCUGACUGGGCUUACUUCGGGACUUCGAAUUCCGCUCAGGGCCCUUCCAGUUGGCUCCCACGAGCACAAUUUAUCUCUUGUGCCCCUGCUCGCCUUCAAGUCCAUGGCUGAACGGUGUAUGCUACGCUCGUCGUCCAUCUACUCUCCUCGGCUUCACUCGGUGCCGCCACUGACGGACCAGCAGCCCGCGAGCCUCUGUGGCUCGACACCAGCACGGGUACGAGCACCCAAUGCGCCUCCAACCCCAACAUUCUGGCCUGUCAAGCGGCGCCCCCACCCGAGGAAGUGUAUGCUACGCUCGUCAUCCAUCUACUCUCCUCGGCUUCACUCGGUGCCGCGACUGACGGACCAGCAGCCCGCGAGCCGUCUGUGGCUCGACACCAGCGCGGAAAAAACUAUCAGUGAUGUAAGUAAUAAAAUAACGCCGCUGGAAAAACACUACCAAAGCCUCUCAACCGUUCAAACACAAAUAACGGCGCUAGAGACCAGUGCAGGCACUACAGCUCGUCACAUUCAAACCUUGGAGCCCAGACUUGACGAUGCGGAAAACCGCUCGCGACGGAACAACCUAAUAUUCUAUGGUAUCCCAGAUACUAACCACUCUGAAACUUUCUCUGAGUCCGAAGAACUAAUUGUGAGCCUCUGCAGCAAACACCUAAACGUUAAAAUUGACACGAAAGAAGUUGAAAGGGCACACCGGCUCGGUCGUCACAAGCCUGGCCAGCACUGCCCGGUCAUUUUAAAUUUCACAUCGUUUAAGACUAAAGAAACGAUUCUUUUUGAGCAAAAACUGAAAAGCACAACUUACGCAAUAGGUCAGGAUUUCUCUCGUUCUGUCCAAAAUGCACGGAAACACCUCAUUUCCUUCGCUAGGAGCAAAUCCAUCGCUUUUUCAUGCCCCUACAAAACGUUGCUUCUUGGCUCCAAGCGGUACGUCUUCGAUGAAAUGUCACAAUCCAUCAAAGAAAUGGCGUAGCAAUCCCAAAAGCAACGCCAACCGUCACACCGCCCAUGCAAUCGAUUACGA